CGGUCGUCUGCCGUCUCCCCACAAACUUUUUAGAAUAAAUUAAAAAAUAAUAAUAAUAUUAAAUUAAUUAUAUACUUCAGAAACGUAAGUCAAAUACUGAAUUCUUAUCCGUCUGUAAUAGAAGUAAAAAAGAAAAAAAAAGAAGAAAAAAUUUAUAUAGGGAAGCAGAGGAAAAAUCGAUAUCGGAAUCGGAACUGCAGUCUCCUCUAUAUAUACGUCUUGCCAUCUCUGUUAAGCUCGGUAAUAGAAAGAUGACGAAAACUUGGUCUAAGACGAAAUUGAAAAUGAUUUUUGGAUGGAUUGUUAUCCUUUACGUUUUAUGCUAUCGUCCAGUUUUGGGAUGGACCACAUUCGAUCAUCCUAAGAUGCACAGUUGGGAUUUCGAAUUCGAUGAAGCUGAGGAAGAGAAGGAAAAUGUAGAUGUGAGCAAAAGCACAAAAGUUUCAGAAGUUUGGACAGAAAAUAAUCUAUGUAAGAAUUUGCAAUGCAAACCUCAUCAGACAUGUGUAGUGAGAGAUUCUACAGUUGCUCUGUGUGUUAACAGAAAGAAAUUAAGAUCUAAAGAACCAAAACCUGUCCACAAGCAAUCUAAAGAAGAUGAAUUAGAAAGAAAUGAUAAUGAGUGGGAUGACCAAGAUAGUGGAAGUGACACUUGCAUUCCCUGUCCCCUUGCCACAUCCGAUUUUGUCUGUGGAUCUGAUAAUUUAACUUAUUCUUCUGUCUGUAGAUUAGAAUUCCGCAACUGUAUGCACAAAACUUUAGUUGUAGUUGCUUGCAAAGGUUUCUGCCCAUGUAAAGCUGCAAAAUCAGAUAAUGAUCAUCACAAAGAACAGAAGAUGAAAGAACGAUGGAAUCAUUACAUCAAUAAAUAUCAAAACACAAUCAAUAAGCAAAACAAACUCUCAAAACAAAAGCAAUCAGAGAAAGAAGAUAAAAUGAGUGAUGUUACAGUUAUAGGUAGCAGUGAAUCUGGUUUUACGGAACACCAAGGAAAACAAAAUUCUGUACUUACAAAAGUUUCUCCAACAGUUGUAAAGAGGGGCUGUAGUGAGGAUGAACUGAAAGCGAUGGGUGACAGAUUACUUGAUUGGUUUUCUGUAGUAAUGUCAGAUCAUCGAAGGGGCCAGUCUCGUCGUAGAUCAUUCAGACUAAGCCACACAGAAUUACCAGAUUGCAAACCAGAAGUAAAUUGGAUGUUUCAGCAUUUAGAUACUGAUGGUGACAUGAAGUUGUCACUCCAGGAACUAUAUGACUUAGAGCAUGAUGACAGAGAAUAUUGUCUGCGACCUUACCUUCUAGAUUGUGAUGUGGAUGGAGAUCUGGUUCUAAGCCCUCAUGAGUGGUGUUCUUGUUUUGAUAAAUCACAGAGACCUUGUGCUGCUGCUUUGAAACAAAUUCCACCAGGAUUGAUAGGAGGUUAUUAUCCAAAGUGUGAUAGUGAUGGAUAUUAUGUUCCGACUCAGUGCCAUCCAGGCACGGCCACAUGCUGGUGUGUAGAUCGACAUGGAGUAGAAUUUACUAAUACCAGACGCAGGGGUCGACCUGACUGUGAGGGAUUACUGAGAAGAGGAAACCAAGAGAAGGAUGACGACAUGGAGGAGGAUGCAGAAGAGGAUCAGGAAGGAUCUGCUGACAGACCUCUGGAUUUUUAAGCUUUCAAUUUUUUUUUUGUGUUAUAUAAUAAUAGCAAAAAGUAUAAAUAUCCCAAGUCGGGAUAGGGUGAACAUCACUCAAUAGUUGAUUUUUUAGUAACAUAUCUUAGUGGAUUAUGUAGACUAUUUGUAAACAUUUAAUGUUAUACAGUAAAUAAUCUUCUUACAAGUUUUUAAA